AUGCUUUCAGUAUGGGGAUUCAGGACAGUGAAUUUGAUUCGAGAUCGCGGCGAAGUGAACAAGAAAAUCAGAGAACUAACCGAACUUGGCGGUGAUUAUGUUUUAACAGAGACGGAAUUCAUGAAGAAUCGUAAGGAUGUGUUGAAGAAUUUGUAUGAGCCUGUUAAAUUAGCACUCAACGGGGUUGGUGGCAGAUCGGCGCUAGUUGUAGCAUCGGCGCUCGAACGUGGUGGAACAGUUGUCUCGUAUGGUGAAAUGUCUGGUGAAAAUGCUCAAUUUUCAACAUCUUCGUUUAUCUUCAAUGAUAUCAUAGCGCGGGGAUUUGCAAUAAUGAAUUUCUACAAUAAUCCAGAGAAUGCAACAAAAUGUGAUCAGAUCUUCCAUGAUUUACAGGAACUUUACAAGCAAAAUCGCCUUAAAUCACCAGACAUGGAUAAAUGGGGAAUGCAGGACUAUUCGAAAGCCAUUGAGCAUGCUGUCGAUCACGGACACCCGAAACAACUAAUUAUUGAAGAUACGGUACUUUGA